AAGUUCAAGGGUGCUGAAUACUUUCGCAAGGCACUGUAUAUGUGUAUAUAUAUAUCUAUCUCUGCUUAGCAAUAUAUAUUUAUAUUGCUAAACAGGUAGGGCUCAAAACAGGUUUGGCUCUGCCGGGUCGACACUGCUGAUGAUGUGCCUGGACCUUGUCGGCUAAUUUGCUGAGAAAAAAAACAUAACUGACCCAAAUGGUUGCCCAAUCAGGCAGGCUUGAUGCAGUUCUUUCUAGGUGAAUAUGCAUUCAAAAGGCAGGCUUUUGAGUGGUUAUACAAAUGACAGUUUACAGCCUAGACUAGAGUUAGUACACAAACUUAAUGAAGUUCUUCAUUACUUUGUGUUGUUGUAGCCUAGGUAUGAUACAUGUCUUGUCCCUAGAACAAUAGGUUAGCUUUUCUAGCUAGGUGUGCACCAGGGUACUGGGUGGGAGCGCACUCAGCCCAACCUCGGGAGCGCAUGUAGUGUAGAGGCAACCUAUGAUUUCGUUAUCUGAUUUAACUUUUCUUUUUUUUUUUCACUGUGUAAAUGGACUGGAUAUAUUCACUGUGAUAUUAAGCCUAAUGUUGAACUAGGAAUUAUGGGCAAAUGUGCAUUUGUAUCUUAGGCUGCAGCCUACAUCUCGAGCCUGUCUGUCAUCAUUCUUCUGUUGCGCAAUUACGCACCUGGCCUCUCCGCUGCCAUGGCUAUUCCUCUUAAAUCUUGUGGCUUCUCAGGAAAAUACAGACUACAAAAACAUGCUGGACACUUAUUUCAACUGAUUUUCUUUAGCCUACUAAGAGCCUAUUGGAGGAGAGAUGCACGCUUACAGCAUUAAGAACGAGCUAAGAGUUGGAUAAGUCCAUAUUUUCUUAUUGUAGCAGGCCUAUCUUCCCCCGGGCUACAUCCUGACAAAAUACACAAUAUGAGUAGCCUGCUAAUGUACCUUUCUGGACCUUCUAAACUGUUGAGAAUAGACCCAAACUGAUCCAAAUGGUUGCAUAACAAAGGCUUAGGCUGUAGGACUAUGCAGUUAUUUAGGCAUGAAAUAAAAUAGGAUGUUUGAACGGUUAUUCAAAUUUCUCUAUAUCGCUGCAGUUUACAGCCUUUUCAACAAUAAUUUUGUACUCACUUGAUAACAAUACAUUCCUCAUUGCAUUGGGCUUUUGUAGCCCAGGUAUAAUAUUUUUCUUGACUAAAAAUGUAGGCUUAAUCAAUAGUGAAGCUUUGCGUUCACAGGGAACAUUUUUUUAAAUUCUAGGCCUAAUAGCCUAAUCAGGGAAAGAAGCAGGCUUGUUCUUGCUAUUUGCUCAAUGUAAAACAGGCCUACAGCAUAGAAAAUGCAUGUCGGGGUUAAGUUUUAGGAGAGAAAGUGCAUUGGUGUGAUCACUUUUAGCCUGUUAUGAUAACAUUGUUGUACUGAUGCAUUGCAAAUAGUUGCACAGGACAUACAGAGAGAUGAGCUCAGUGAAAAAGAAGACCGAAAGGAAUUGACAACCAUUAGAAACAUGGAAAUCGGGCCUCCUGAGUGGCGCAGUGGUCUAAGGCAUUGCAUCGCCGUGCUAGAGGGUGUCAAUACAGAUCCAGGUUCGAUCCCGAGCUGUGUCGCAACCCGCCGCGACUGGGAGACCCAUGAGACGGCGCACAAUUCGUCCGGGUUAGCGGAGGGUUUGGUUGGCUGGGAUGUCCUUGUCCCAUCGCGCUCUAGCAACUCCUUGUGGCGGCCGGACGCAUGCACGCUGACUUCAGGUCGCCAGCUGGACUGUGUUUCCUCCGACACAUUGGUACGGCUGGCUUCCUGGUUAAGCGAGCGGUGUGUCAAGAAGCAGUGCGGCUUGUCGGGUCGUGUUUCAGAGGACGGAUGGCUCUCAACCUUUGCCUCUCCCCAGUUCGUACAAAAUUGGGGAGAAAAAAGGAUAAUAAGUACAAAACAAGAAUAAUGGAAACAUUGAAAUCACUUACAAACCACUUGAGCAAUGACAUGUUGUAUAAGACAUGCAGGCUAAACUGCAUUUGUUGUUGAAUUGAUCAAUUUAUAUACGAGUUAGGCCUAAUAUUAUUUUUCAUUAGGCCUACAUGUACAUGGAAGUAUUACUUGCAGUUGUCACUAUGACAAUGAUCACACCCUGAAAGCACUGAAUGGUCUGAACCAGUAUAUGCGUUAGAGACCUCAUGAAUGGUCUGUGUUGCCACUUUAUUAAUAGGCAGCAAGCAGUGGCAUGCCUUGAUCAGUUGAUUGACAGGUGUAGGACUGUAAAACAAACUUUCCUCUUGUGUGGAUGCCCACCUUUGUUUUUAUAGUUAAUAGCCAAUAGUUUAUCAUUAUAGUUAGUGAAUUUGAAUUAAAUUAAUAUCAAAUUUCACUUGUGUACUUUACUUUUAUACUCUAUAAAUGUACUCCUUUAAAUCACCGGCGUGCUGCAGUAGAGCGGAAGUCGAAUGCAUCACUUCCGUUGUUUGGCUUUGCGCAUAGCAACGUUUGAAAAUGAGGUGGAUCACUAGUAAGCUGUUAUUGGCUUGCUCUCUUGACAGUACGCAAGCGUGAUUAUUGUGGCUAACUGUUUGUUGUUUGUUACUGUCUGCCAACGUUAGCUAGAUUGCUUGCCUAGUGAAUUUGACUCCAUAUGCGGCUAGGUUGAAACUGUGAUUAAAUGUUUCAUGUGAUGUGUAGCCUUAAAACACUGUGAUUAUCGGCUCUAACUAUAACUUUUUAUUUCUAUGAUUAGGACGAUUCAACCCCAUUGUAGAUGGUUUGGUUUGAGAGGUCCAAGGAAGAGCAAAGAUGAGCAAACCACAGAGCCACAGGAGGCCCUCAUCCACUAUGAUGUACCACCUGAGAGCAUCUAAGCCAGAGUCUGAGAGGGACUCCGGUUUCUCAGAUGCCAGCUCUGGGUACCAGAAUGUGAUGGACCAAACUGACUCGGAGGACAUGGUGAGGGCCCCAGGUCCCCAGGUGGCUGUAGCCGGAGGAUCCUACCCUGGCCUCUCCCCCAUGAUCAUCAUGAACAACAUAGUCCUGAAUCUGCCAAGCCCAAUGUCUCCAGUAGUAAAGCCCUGGGGCUUCCCUUCCUCCCUGGAGAUUCUCCCCCAGUCCCAGGUGGUCCUCCUCCAUCCCAUGGUCCCCAACGGAAGCAACAACAUCAGUAACAACAUCUCUCCAAAGCGUUCCUCAGACAAGCACAGGGACUCAAAGAAUAACUACCUGCCCAUACUGAAAUCUUAUCCCAAAAUCGCCCCUCACCCUGGGGAGAGCUCUUCCAGGAGGCAGGGGGCCUCUUCGGCUGAGAGGGGAAGUUCAACACCUGGGUAUCACGGGAAACGUAACCGGUGGUAUCGUCACCAUGGCGACAAACUGUACAGCUCCCAUAGCCCCCUGCCAAGGCCUCUGACACCCCUCCAAACAGUGGCCACCUUAGAGGUUGUUGACAAACAAACACAGCUGGCCAGCUCUCAGAAGCUGCCAAUACCUCAGUUCCUAGGCAUGCCUCACUCCCUGGGGACUGAGGCCACUGCUGUAGUCUCCAAUAAAUGUGCACCUGUGUCGGAGGCGAGCAGUUGCCAAGGCGACAACGACCGCUGCCAAGACGGCCUGUCCACAGACAACAACAAAGGUAAACGCUUUAGCAACACCUACAACAUCCUCAGCAACUCUGGCCUGCUGGGCAUAACGCUACGCAUCAAGGAGCUGAUCAGGCAGAACCGGCGCACCCAGGGCCAUUUGAAGCAGCUGCAGGAGCAGACAGAUCUGUUUGUGGAGGCCCUGGGCAGUGGUGACCCCCUGGUCUGGACUAGGCUCCAGCUGACCCUGCAGCUAGACACAGACCCUGCCAGGGCUGAGGAGGGGCAGUGUCAGGCCAUGGAUCCACAGGUUAUCCUGGCAUAAGACACUAGCAGAAGGAGGUGCAUGGAUCAUAAGCACACCUGCUUUAAACCAGUACAAAUGGAGAAACGUGCUUAACCCUUGAACCCUUGCCUAUAAUCAGUGUUCUGUUUAAAUAGCAAGUACUGCUUGCAAUAGGGCUAUGGCUUCUAGAUUAAUACAUCUAUCAAUACAUGCAGGGAAUAGAUAUGGAUAAAAUAAUACAAUGAAUUAAUCCGUACCUAGCCAGAACAGUAACUGCUUUAUUAUGGGGGAAACAUCACUUUAUGACAACGAUAAUCAUUUUUGGGACCAAAUUGUAAAGAUGAUUUAAGUACACCAGACAUUAGAGUUUUGUGUACAUUUAAAAAUUGCUUUAAAAACUUUAACCAAUAAGGGGAGAUUAGGAACAGCUAUAAGAAUAUUUCAUAGUUGAUCGUAUUUAGUCAGAUAAUAUUUUAGCUAGCCUAGCAAUAUGUCCUCUUCGGUAUUUGUCAGUACUAGACUAGCGCAGCGCUCAACUGUAUAUUACUGAUUGUGAUUCUUUAGAGGGCUGUACAUAAAGCUUUUGUAUUAUUAUGUCUUUUUUUAGGUAUGUACAUCUAGUGAAAUAUGGCCUUGUGCUUGAUGUUGCUAUUUCUUUUAAACCUGCCUUUGAAUUAGGACAACAUCAAUAACUGAAUAGAGUACAGUUAAUCACCAUAGUUACAAUUCGUCUUUUAUUAAUUAAAGACCAAAAAUGAAUGCCUGUUAAAUGCAGAAAGUUAUAGCUACUGAAGUGACGGCACCCAUUCUUAUGUAUGUUAUUGAAAUACUGUCUUGCAUUAUACACUGAACAAAAAUAUAAACGCAACAUGUAAAGUGUUGGUCCCAUGUUUCAUGAGCUGAAAUAAAAGAUCUCAGAAAGGUUCCAUACGCAAAAAAGCUUCUUUCUCUCAAAAAAAAAGUUGUCCAGCCCUGUUAAUGAACAUUUCUCCUUUGCCAAGAUAAUCCAUCCACCUGACAGGUGUGGCAUAUCAAGAAUCUGAUUAAACAGCAUGAUCAUUACACAGGUGCAACAUGUGCUGGAGACAAUAAGGCCACUCUAAAAUGUGCAGUUGCCACAGAUGUCUCAAGUCUUUUGAGGGAGUGUGCAAUUGGCAUGCAGACUGCAAGAAUGUCUACCUGAGCUUUUGCCAUAGAAUUUAAUGUGAAUUUCUCUACCAUAAGCCACCUCCAACAUUGUUUUAUAGAAUCUGGCAGUACAUCAAAUCGGCCUCACAAUGCAGACGACGUGUAUGGUGUUGUGUGGGCAAGCGCUUUGCUGACUUCAACGUUGUGAUCAGAGUGCCCCAUGGUGGCGGUUGGGUUAUGGUAUGGGCAGGCAUAAGCUAUGGACAACAAACACAAUUGCAUUUUAUUGAUGGCAAUUUGAAUGCACAUAGAUACGUGACGAGUUCCCGAGGUCCAAUGUCGUGCCAUUUAUCCUCCUCCAUCACCUCAUGUUUCAGCAUGAUAAUGCACGGCCCCAUUUCACAAGCAUCUGUCCACAAUUCCUGGAAGCUGAAAAUGUCCCAGUUCUUCCAUGGCCUGCAUACUCACCAGACAUGUCACCCAUUGAGCUAUUUGGUAUGCUCUGGAUCAACGUGAUGACAACGUGUUCCAGUUCCUGCCAAUAUCCAGCAACUUUGCACAGCCAUUGAAGAGGAGUGGGACAACAUUCCACAGGCCACAAUCAAGAGCCUGAUCAACUCUAUGCGAAGAUGUGUCGCCAUGCAUGAGGCAAAUGGUGGUCACACCAGAUACUGACUGGUUUUCUGAUCUACGCCCCUACCAUUUUUUUUAAAGGUAUCUGACCAACAGAUGCAUAUCUGUUUUCCCAGUCAUGUGAAAUCCAUAGAUUAGGGCCUAAAUAAUUAAUUUAAAUUGACUAAUUUCCUUAUAUGAACUGUAACUAUUUACAGUUCAUAUCAUUUACGUUGUUGCGUUAUUUUUGUUCAGUAUAGGUUGUACUACAUAUUACAUCAUAAUAUUUAAUUCAAUAUUUGAGUUGAGGAAAAACCCCAGUGGUUGCAGGCUAAUACAACAUUUGUUAAUGAUAAUGUUUUUUUAUUCAGAUCUAAGGAGUCAGAUGGCUGAUGAAAAGUAGCAUUGUGUUGAUUGUUAUCUCUCUCUAACUCGAACUAGUCCUUCACAUGCUGUAUUGUACAUAACACAGAAAGAACUGUUGAAAAUGUUUUAUAUUUGAAGUUAUUACUAGUCAGCUCAUUUGUAAUUUACUAGAAUCCCACUCUUUGUGCUAAAGUGUCUUCAGCUGAAGCAGUUCUUGUUUUAAAGGACUUUACUGGAACGUUCAUGUAGGGGGAGUGGUAAAAAUAGCUUGGAAGUGAUCAUAUUUAUAUAUUUAAAUGCUAUUAGGAAUGAAUACUUAUUCAAAGAUUUUGUAUUUUAAAUGUGUUUCUAAACACAAGUUACAUCAUUUAAUUUGAGUUUUUCUUUGUGUUUUGGCCAAUUAUUUGAUUGUGCCUAUAAAAUGCUCUUUGUUCUUCAACCUUAACAAGAGAAAGUACUGCCAAAUGUCAGUCAUACAUGUGUAUGUCCCGGGACUGACAAAAUACGGAAAUGUGGGCCUAAUGCUCUUCUGGUUUUGUCCAGUGUGAUUAGAAUAUUAGUUACAGUAGGUGCUCAGUAUUUUCUUGACCGUACAUCUAUUUACUAGAAUGUAGUAUUUGGUAAUAGACUUACAACUGUUGUAGGUACUGAUAAUUCAUUUAUAAAUGUUACAAUGGCUCUCAAAGGCUUAGGUAAGCUAGCCUUCUCAAACUAUUGGCUCUCUAGUAAUACAGUAACUAGCUUUGUGUUGUGUGUUCUUAGUGAUUUGGAGGUAUUGAUAUGUUAUCAAAAUUGGUAUGGCAAAAUACUGCGAUCAUCAGUACAAAGUAAAGUACAGGAAAAUUGUAGCUUUGGAGAAAAGCACAAAGACCGUUUUAACCAUCAUUUACUGAAGUGCACUUUUUUGUACUUUUUUAAAGAAAUAUUGUUUGCAUUGACAUGGUUGCUUAAUAAACAGUGGUUUUGAAAUGA